ACCGCCGAAUUUACCAUAAACAUUGAUUCGUUAAAAUGUUCACUCUAUGGUUUUAACGGUGAUAUGUAUUAACUGACCUUUCAAGCUGUGGUCAUGUAGUUAAUUUAGUAUAGCAGGCCAGUGUGUUGUGAACCUCAAUCCUGUUUUCGAGGGCAAGUGAACGUAGCAUUUGUUCUGGAUUCAAUAACAUCUUCGUGCGGACGCAGGCUUACAGCCUGACUCGACACAAACACCAUAGAUGAAAAGUAAACUGCAUUUCACUCCAAGUGUCCGUUUUGAACAGGAGAAGGACAUUUCCGAAGGUCCCGUUAAUCUGUGACGACGCACCGGAACACCGAGGAACGGACGGUGUCGUUAAGCUGGAACAGGAACUUCACCUUCAGUCUCCGGCAGUCCAGGGAAACCGGCGGCGGCGUUUUCCGGGUGCCAGCACUCGUCUGGUAGAGGGAAGCAGGGACGCUGAUCCACAGCCGGUCUCAGGAUGCCUCUGUUCUUCAGGAAGAGGAAGCCCAGCGAGGACUCUCAGAAGAGGCUGGAGUAUCAGCUGUGCCGGUCUAAAGAACCGGGAGCUGAUGACAUCCUGGACAUUUCCUGUUGUGAACUUUCAGAGGUCCCAUCCAGUGCCUUCUCUAUAUGCAAGCUUUUCCAGAAAAAGGUUCUAAUCCUUCACAGCAAUGACCUGAAAUACCUGCUGCCCAAAGGAUGUGACAUCAGCACUCUGAGCACUUUGAAGGUGUUGGAUCUUCAUGAAAACAAGCUAGCGACUCUUCCUGAGGACAUCGGGAAAUUGGUCUCCCUGCAGAUUCUAAACGUUGAGAAGAACCGGCUGAAGGUUCUGCCAGAGUCCAUCGGAGAUCUGCACCUACUGCAAACGCUGAACCUGAAGGGGAACUGCCUCUGCGAGCUGCCGUCCUCCAUGGGCUCGCUGAGAAGCCUGCGGACCCUGGAUGUGAGCGACAACUGCAUCACGGAGCUGCCCAGAGCGCUAGCAUACAUCCGCACUCUGGAGAUCUUCUCUCUGGAUGCUGCCGCCAUGUCCUACCCGCCAGCAUGCGUGUGCACAGAGGGAACCACGAGCAUUCAGAGCUUUCUGUGCGCCGAACUGGGAGAGGAGUACUGCCCGCCAUCCCAGUAUCUCCUACCGGUGCUGGAGACCGACUGCAGUACACAGAACUCUGACUGUGUGGAUGACGGGGACGAAGCUUGGAAGAACAAGUUCAGUGAAUAUGAGAAGAGAAAGGAGAAGAAGCAGCAGGAAAAACUGGCGUUUGAGCGCCACCUGCAGCAGAAGCAACAGGAGCACACUCAGCUGCUCCUCAUGAACGACUCUCACAGGAAAAACAUCCUGAACUCCGUCCGGAAGCAACAGGAGCGGGAGGAACUGGGCUUCAACGAGCAGCAGAGGGCUCAGGAGGCGGAGAGGCUGGUGCUGCUGGAGAAGGUCCGGCAGGCGGAAGACACCAUCAGCGGUCGCAUCGGCACCCUGCUGAUGGACAACAGCAGGCAGGAGACUAACGCAAAGUUUCUCCAAGACAUGGAGGAAGAGCGGAUUUACAUGGAGCAGCUGACGGCCAUCACACAGCAGGAGGCCAGUUCACUGCGGGAGAGGGAGGUUGCAGCUGCGAUGCAGAAGAUGCUGUCGGACAGCUGUGCCAUGAGCGUCCUGCAGGAGGCAAGUGACCAUCGCAGACAGAGCCUGGUGUCUGAAGCCUGCAGAAGUUUGGAGACUUUGGACAAGAAGUUUGACAAGAUGCUCUCUCUCCAAGUUUUGGACAAAUCUAAAGCCAUUGCUGAGAUCUUACAGGAGGAGGAGAUGCAGAAGGCGGCUUUCCAGGCCCUGCAGCUGCAGAGGGACGCCGUCCACUCAUACAUCCGCAGUCAGAUCAAGCUUAUAGAAGGGGAAUUAAUGCAGCUGACUAAACUGGAGAUUAAAAGACGCACUCUGGACUCUGAGAACUUGGAGGAGGUCCUGGUGGAGGAGCGGGCCGCCCUCAGCGACCUGCUGCAGCAGCUGAUGAAGCAGAGGAGCCAGAGAGAGCAGGAGCUGCAGCAGGUGUUGGUGGAGAUGGAGCUGAAGUCCGAGUCCAACCAGCAGAACUAUUGGAUGAUCCAGUACCAGAGGCUGCUGGAUGCCAAGCCGCUGUCCCUUCGCAUGCAGGAAGCAGGGGUGGAGAGAGAGUUGGUCCACUUGCUGUGCAGACUGUCGGCUCAGCACUAUCUACCUAUUGUGGCCCAUCACCGGCUGACCGCUGAGGCGCUGAGGAACAUGAAGGCCUCUGACCUGAAGAAGUUGGGGAUCAAUGAAACAGGAAUUCAAAAAGCUCUUCUGACCUGGGCUCUGGGUCACCAGCCUACAGGAGCUGGUAAGCCUGCCCGAAAGGACGACAGCAACGAGGCGGGGCCCUCAGCUCCGCCCCCACCAUCCCCACCUGUCCCACAAAGCAGCUCAGCCAUGCAGACCCCAAGCCCACCGUGCAGCCCAGGGACCCCCGUCACCCCCUCUGGCCCACCUCUGUUGGAGGGCCCAGGGAGUUCGGAGUGCGUGGUCUGCAUGGAGACCGGGUCUAAGGUCAUCUUCCUGCCGUGCGGUCACGUGUGCUGCUGUCAGGUCUGCAGCGAUGCUGUGCAGAACUGUCCUCUGUGCCGCAGCAACAUAUCCCAGCGGAUUCGCCUCUACCACACCUAAAGCAGCUCCUGCUGCCCUUUGACCCUCAACGGCUCCUGUAUGCAUGACCUUAAAGCUGCUGUCGUAUAAGGAUACUACCAGGAGGAAUCCUCUCUUUAUACGUUUUUUCCCCACAUCUGCGUCUUGUACUGUUUGUAUUUGAACAUUAUUUUAAAAAUCUUGUAUUUUAAAUGUUAUUGUAUAUUGAUCACAAAGUGAAUGAUGUAAUUUCCUGGUUGAAGAGCGGCUUGUCUGAGGGGACCUCCACCAAAGAUUUGUGCCUUUGACUUUGUUUUCACGUCUGUCUGGUAUUUCAAACAAAGUCUGUUCGUGUAGAUUUGCUAAAAAAGCUCCAUAACUCUCUUUUUACAUUGCUAGGAGCAAGAUUUCUGCCUGCUAGGUGAGAAGUAAAAGCGUAGUAAAGUACUUCACUACCUUCCUAGAAACCCCAAAGUGCUAUACAGUCACAUUCACCCCCCACCCCCACGCUGAUGGCGGCUCCGCUGCUAAACGCUGGCGCCAACCUUCCACCAGGAGCAAAUCGGUUUGGGGGCUUCCCCAAGGACACUCUGACACAUGGGCGGGAAUCAAACCUGUGAUCUUCUAAUCAGUGGUGGCCCGCUCUACCUCUGCACUUUCUGUUCUGCUGAAAGCGUUUGGUCUGAGGGUCUGUGGUCUGUCUGUACUGCAGCAUGUUGUAUCUGAAACACUGACACAGUUUCCUUUUUUUGCUCCGUUUUCAGCUGGGAAGGUUAACCAUCAUAAAAACUAAAACCAUGA